AUGGACGAUGUUCUUAUAGUAGCGAGUACGGUACAGGAAGCCCUUGAGCGUUUAAUAGUCGUACUUAAAGUUCAUACAGACCAAGGGUUUUCUUUAAACAUUAAAAAAUGUGUCUUCUUAAAACAAAAAGUUGAAUACCUUGGCUUCGAGGUAUGUCAGGGGGAGAUUCGUCCAAACCCGCGUAAGAUUGAAGCUCUUACGGCUCUGUCACCACCAGAGACAGUAACACAGCUUCGUCAAUUUAUUGGGUUGGCCUCCUAUUUUCGACAAUUUGUGGCGGGAUUCUCACAGACAAUGGCACCAUUGUACGCAUUGACCGCAAGCUCUAAUUGUAAGUUAAAUUGGAGGUCGGAGCAUGAGACAGUAAGACAACAAAUAAUCUCCAAACUAACUCGAGAGCCGGUUCUUAUGAUCUAUGAUCCAGAUCUACCGACUGAGUUGCAUACAGAUGCAAGUGCGGUUGGAUACGGCGCGGUGCUCAUGCAGAGAAAAGGAGGUAAGCUUCAUGCAGUUGCUUAUUUUAGUAAGCGUACUACAGUCGCAGAGUCUAAAUAUCAUUCAUACGAAUUGGAGACUCUAGCUGUUGUAAACGCGGUUAAGCAUUUCCGCCAUUAUCUACAUGGCCGUAAGUUUACUGUCAUAACCGACUGCAACUCCCUUCAGUCAACUCGCAAAAAGCUGGAUUUGACGCCUCGGGUCCACAGAUGGUGGGCAUUUCUCCAGGGAUUUGACUUUGAUGUGGUACACGUCGAUGGUAAGCGUAUGGCACAUGCGGACUUCUUUUCACGAAACCCUCUUCCAGUUAAAGAAGCGCAUACGCAUCAGCGACAGGUACAAUCAAAGCAAAUUAAUAUUACUGAGCUGACUAGUAAUUGGCUGUUAGCAGAACAACAGCGUGACGAAGAAAUUGGCAAGUUGGUGAGUGACCUUAAAGAUAAGAAGUUGCCUGAUGAUAUUGCAAAGACUUACGAGUGGCGAUCGGGCGUCUUGUAUCGUAAAAUACAGCGUAAAGGGAAGUCCCGUUUUUUACCCAUCAUACCCCGGUCCUUGAAGUGGUCAGUUAUUAAUGGUGUGCAUGAGGGGUUGAUGCAUUUGGGAUGGGAAAAGACCUUAGAGAAAGUUUACGAGCUUUAUUGGUUUGAUAAAAUGACCAAAUAUGUGAAGAAGUUUGUUGACAAUUGCAUCACAUGCAAAAUUUCAAAGUCACACUCUGGCAAAAUCCAAGCCGAGCUACAUCCCAUUCCAAAGGUAGCGAUCCCUUGGCAUACGUUACAUAUGGAUGCCACUGGAAAGCUUAGUGGGAAAAGUGACAAUAAGGAGUAUGUUUUUGUUGUUAUCGAUGCUUUUACUAAGUUUGUCUUACUCCACCAUACCUUACACAUCGAUGCGGCUAGUAGUAUAAAAGCGGUUAAAGGGAGUUCUCGGGCAAACGGGCAGGUCGAACGUACAAUGAGCACUUUAAAAGCCAUGCUUACUGCCGCCGAAACUAGUAAACGGUCGUGGCAGGAAGCUUUGCCGGAUGUGCAACUAGCAUUAAAUUGUUCACAACAUAGGGUCACAGGAUCAAGUCCUCUAGAGUUGCUCAUAGGCAAAGUUGCUAGGCCUGUUGAUAUUUUGUUAGCUAGUGAUAUAGAGCCCGAAGUCGAUCUCAACGCCGUACGUGAUCAAGCGGUAGAAAAUAUGAAUAAGAGCGCCCAGUACGAUAAGACACAGUUUGACAGAACUAAGGCCAAGCUCAAUAAGUUCUCUAUAGGCGAUUAUGUUUUGCUAAAAAAUGAGGAAAGAAAUCAAACCAAGUUAGAUCCCAAGUAUAAAGGCCCCUUCAGAGUAAUAGAG